GUGUGCAGCAGUUCGUGUUUGUCAAUUAUAUAGUUCAAGGACAGCCAAAGUCCACCAGGUCCUGUCUGUCUCUUUGUAUUUUGCAUUUACACAACGCGAGUGCAGAGUGGGGAAAUUGUUUGGUAUCACAUUCAUAUCGCAGUCAUCCUUAUCUCACUGCCCUUCCUUCGCGGGGUUCUGACCAACAUGUCAAUUUACGUACAUACAUAUCAUCUCACAUAUUACUGCUGCUCUUUUCCGGGCCACACCACCAGCCACGUCCGAUGACAAUUUCUUGGGUCCUUAUAGUCCUGCAUACACGAUCAACACCACCUUCGCUUCUACUGGCUAAUUGCAUCUAUGUACUUUCUACUCAUCUUCGAUGUCUUCCACCCCUAGUCACUCUGAUUUGCUGGAAUUGUCUCGACACCCAAUACUGUGUGGCAGAAACACCCAAUCAGCCAGAGCUACCAAAUAUCAGCCUAUGCUUGUCAUCGAACCCAAAAUGGAAACUUGGGAGGCUGAGAUAAGUGCUAUGGAGCCUCAGCAGCGGGACAACCUUCCCACUGUGUCAAAUGCCCAUCUGUGAUUAAAUGGAUUUCUCAGUAAGAAUUUUGUCGGUUUUUUGAUAUUUUCUCAUUUUUUCUUCUUAUCUUUGUCAUUCAGGUAUCGAUGAUUUAAGUUCCUGCAUCAAGUUUCAACGAACCUGAAAUUUUCGACGUGAGAUCCGUGAGAGGCGCCCUUUGCGAUAUAUACCCUUGUUUUUGUUCUACUGGGAUUUACAGCGUGGGAAAUCGCGAUCGUUCCCUCGUUAUCCUGCGUUAUUCCUGCGACCAAGAGGCCACAAUCGCUCAAUCUAAAUUUCGAAGCCCUCCUUUCGUUGAAACAAUCAGGCUUCAUGACAUUUUGGUACAGACCCCGCUAUUCACAAGUGCAAACCUCGCGGGCCGAUAUCAACUUGCAUACUGCAGCUUGAGGUCUCACAGCAUUCAAAUCCUUUGGAGAAAAAGAUCGGCAGACGUUAGAUGCUUGUGUUGUACAGUUACGCUCACGAUAGGGAGCAUUCAAAGAGCAUUUUGCAGGAUAAUAUCUACCGAGAGACGAACAACCCGCAUUAGUAAAACCAAACCACAUAUCGCGAAAAAAUGGCGAUUCAUAUGAAUCAACUCGACAAUCAAUACCCCCAGGGUAUUCAACGAUGUGCAAAUAACGAGGAUGGCGAUUGUUACCCCGCUGAUAAAGUUUGCGACGGAGAAUCCUGCUCGGCAACUACCACAACCCAAGUUACAAUGACGACAGAAUUUCCGAAAUUAUCAUACCCAGGCAUCGUAAAGAGAAAAUUGGGCUCGAAUCAUUGGGAUAAGAUACACGAGGCAAUUCAAGGACGAAAACGGGACGCAUCAGAAUGCCCGAGCGAUUAUCAAUUAUGCCCUAAAUCGAUGAAUGGAGGAUGCUGUCCAAAUAACAGAUCUUGCGGUACUAGUAGUUGUUAUCUCACCAGCGCUGCUCCUGCUUCAGCUUGUGGAGUAUCAGGAUAUACAGCUUGUGGAAUUGAUGCCGGAGGUGGAUGUUGUCCCACUGGCUACUCAUGCGAAAUUGAUGGAUGUAGCGCUUCUCCUGGUGUUUCGUACAGCGAAACUUGUGGAGUGAAUUCAUAUUUGUGUCCAGCUUCAUUGAACUACGGUUGUUGUAAGAAUGGCAUGGGCUGCGGGUUGAAUAAUUGUUAUUCCACGGCAGUAACGACUUUCACAUUGACCGAGACCUUGACCACGACAGAUAGCGAUUCGCGCACACAGACUCUUACAUCUACAUUAGUUACCGCCUCCACUCCAGCGUCACCAUCAGUCGCGGCGAAUACAUCAAAAGCUUCAGCCGUCCCCAAACUCACACCCACGGCUACCGCAAUAGCAAAAGUCGAAGCAACAAGUGGGAGUGCAACAAGUGGGGGUGCAACAACAAGUAGCGGUCUUACGAAACCAGAAAUAGGUGGAAUCAUAGGUGGCGCAGCUUUCAUUCUACUCGUAAUUUUGAUUGCCGCUUUUUGUAUCUUAAGGCGCCUAAAGAAGGCCACAAAGGCAUUCAAGGAAGCAAAAACACGCAGUGGGUCUAACGCCCCUCGAUCACAUAGAUAUCGUCCUUCAUACCCAUCACCAUCUGAUAUGAGCUCAAUAUCAACCGAUCCUCUGCAAAUGACCAGUUCCGAAGCUUCACGUAGCGUCCGAAAUUACUCUCAUCCAGCAACCGAACGAUUUUCAUCUGACCGACACGACGGCCCUGAAGUCGUAACCCCACCUUCCUUCAACCCAUACUCCCCCUUUUCCCCGCACGCGUAUCCUAGCAAUCGCGCUCAGACCCAAGGUCGCGGAUACUACCCAGUAGCCACCUCGGACUCCGCUUAUUCUCAGACAUCGUCGGGCCGGCGCAAUCCUUCUGUAGAAUCCACUCCUCCUCUCCAACAACCACAAUCCUACUUCGACAUCCCCCCACACCAGCAAUCUGAACUUCCCGAUUUCAGAAACCAGAAUCUGCGCCAUGGUCACGAUGUAAGUCCAAUUCGUCGGCCAAGUCAACAUGGAAGAAAUUGGAGCAAUGCCAGCGAUGUCAGCGCAUCAUCAUCUAGCCCGCUCGUCGAACUAGACGCCGGAGAUGAUGGCGAACUGAAAUUUUCUCUUGGGAAAGCUUGGAAAGUUCUAGGAUUGGGAAGUUGGAAGGGAAAAGUAUCUACGAAAAGGAAACCAGAAAAUCUAUCACUCGGAGGUUCUCCAACUACUACUCUCGACCGCGAUCUCAAAACCGUUCUUUCGAAUGUGCCGGAGGAAGCGGGCAGUUUUAUGAAUACCACAGAGGCUGAACAAGAGGUGAAUGAUGAUGAGAUUAGAGUUCAGAGACCUAGAAGUAGUGACACGGGGCGAGAAUCCCGUGCUUCUAGACCCAGGAGUGGUCUUAGUAAUGCCGAGCUGAGGGAAGCGAGUAUUCGAAAUGUGGUGCGGGCGAAACCGAGUAAACCGAAGGAGAUCAUGAUUCGAAACUCGGGGGGUGCGGAGGCGAGCGGGAGUAGAAAUGCGAAUGGGAAGGCUGAUGAGGCGGGGUUCUAAGGGGUCUUUUCAUUUGAGGGCAGGCGAGGGGGAGAUGGAGGUAUAUAUCAUUGUUUGGGUGUGGUUUAAUGGGGUGGGAGAGAAGAUUUGCAUGUUUUUAUCCAUGCAGACGGAGGGUUAUAGGUGUAAUAAUAAGGAAUCUUGGAAUAUACCACGGAAUAUAGCAAUUUUAAUUUAGAGUUUCUUUUUCUUUGCUUCGCAGGAUAUAUUCUGAUAUGCUCGGAAAGCACAUACAGAGGGAUUGAGUGUAAUUACCCCCUGAGAAUACAGUCAGUCGUGCACACUGCGUUAGACAUUUACAAUCGAGGUUCCA